GCCAGCACAAGCUUGUAAACAAAGAUUUGUACAGCCUACAGAUCUCUGCAUAGACUUUCAGUUGUCGCUUCAGACAUAGUAUUGUCUCAUGGCAAUGGAUCUCCAAGUGUGAAACCCGCCUCUGAGCUCCAGGAGCACGGCAUAGUGAUUUUCUGGAUGAGACAGACUACUAGAAAGAAGAGAGCUAUCAAGAGGUCGGGAACGGAUCGGUCCAGCCGAGGGGUGUGCGCCUUUGAAAUGACCUAUAUUCUUUUCAGUUUGCUUCUCAGAUCUUGAGUUGUUGUAGGAUGCCGGAUCGUGGGGCAUAGAUGAUGGACAUGGCGCUCUUGGCUACCGGGGAAUGCUUCUGACGACAGCAGGUUUCGAAUGAGCCGUUUCAUGGGGAAUUUUGCCCAAAUUUGAUGGUUCUAGGUGAUUGUUUGGAGGGUUUGCACUUGGUUGGAGAACUUGGCCCGCGCACCUUUUGGCUGGUAGUGUCUGUAGCGGAAAGAUGAGUUGGUGGUCUGGUUGUGCGGUCGUGUAGGGUUCUAAAUCGUAGAAGCAGGGCUGUGGUGGAAUCGCCAGUGGUAUUUAGUUGGAGCCACGGAGGUAUUGGACAUGGGCGACGAUUGUCUGGCAGUCAAUGGGAGCUCCUCACAGAACGAAUCGGUCUGUGUUGGGUUGCAAUGCUCAGAAUCUCGCUGUUAUAAAUUUUCCUUCCUUGCAUUUUUCUGUUCGGUUCGGCUCUUUUUGGAGAGAUAAGAUAUGCGCUUUUAAGAAUCUUCAACUGCUCUCAUUCACGUGUGUUUUUCGGGAAUUAGACCAUACCCUUACUCAGUGCGGAAGGCGGGAGGUUGCCCUCGUACUGAUUUGAACCCAAAAACUUUCGAGAGUCCUACUACUCCUGGAUUUGUCGCUGAAGCACAAAAUAGCAGAAACCCGGCUUACUUGCUGUGGCCUGGCAGCGAUCAGCUGCUUGGCUCAUCAGACGAGAGAGCUGCCUGCUUCAUUGGCCUUGAGAAAUCUGGUGGAGUCAUGUACAACGAUGGAGUGACACCUCGUGGUCAGCAAGCGAGCACUUUACUUGAACUUAUGACCAUAAGAGCCUAUCACAGCAAGUCGCUGAGACAAUGUGGUCUAGGUACUGCAUUAGGAUUCAGGACCAGACGCGGGGAGCUUACAUCCAUUCCUGCAAUCAUUGUAUUUGUGGCCCGCAAGGUGCAUACACAAUGGCUUCACGAAUUGCAAGUUUUGCCAUCUUCUGUGGAGGGUCCUGGGGGCUUAUGGUGUGAUGUCGAUGUCGUGGAAUUUUCUUACUUCGGGGUUCCUACGAUGGUGCCGAAGAAGCAAUUGUCCUCGGAGAUUCUAGACGGAUUACGAGGAAUGGAUGCGACCAUUGGAUCAGGGACGCAGGUGGCAAGUCAGGAGACCUAUGGCACUCUUGGAGCUUUAGUACAAAGUCAAACUGGUUUACGUCAGCUUGGUUUCAUCACCAAUCGUCACGUUGCUGUAGAUCUGGACUACCCUUGUCAGAAGAUGUUCCACCCUUUGCCUCCUAAUCUUGGUCCAGGGGUGUACUUGGGUGCUGUAAAGAGAGCAACCUCUUUUGUGAAAGAUGAUCUUUGGUAUGGCAUUUUUGCUGGCAUGAACCCAGAAACAUUCGUGAGAGCAGACGGGGCAUUUAUCCCAUUCUCUGAAACUUUUGACAUCUCUAAGGUGACUACCUCAAUCAAAGGAAUUGGAUCAAUGGGCGAUGUUUAUCGAGUCGACUUGCAAUCACAAAUAAGCAGUAUAGUUGGCAGAAAAGUGGUGAAAGUGGGACGCAGCUCUGGAGUUACCAAGGGUGUUAUCAUGGGUUAUGCUGUGGAAUACAACGAUGAGAACGGUAUCUGUUUUCUAACGGACUUUCUCAUCGUGGGUGAGAAAAAAAAAAAUUUUGAUCUGGAAGGUGACAGCGGCAGCUUGAUCUUACUCUCUUCCGAGAACGAAACAGAGAAGGCGCAACCAGUAGGCUUGAUCUGGGGUGGCACUGCCAAUCGCGGUCGCCUCAAACUUCGGAAUGAACAUGGACCUGAGAACUGGACAAGUGGGGUGGAUCUUGGUCGUUUGCUGGACAUUCUUCAGCUGGAUAUCAUAACAACAGAUCAAAACUUACGAGAUGCCGUUCUGCUGCAGGAGCUAGUCGCGGCAAAAACUAGGAUCGGUCCUUGUAACUGGAUGGGAGCACAUCCAGAAAAGGAACCAACCCCUGAACCGAUUCUGAGCCCACCGUAUGAAGAUCUCCAUCAAGUACCAGAUGAAGAGGCAGAAGAACCAGAAACGUGCUCACCAGCAGCUAAAGAUCUCAUUAGUUAUUCGUGCAUAGGAAACUUCCCACUUCAGAGAGAAGACACCAGACCACCUCUCCAGCUUGCAGACGAGGAUCUCAGCAUGCGGCUUUCAGGACCUUCAUCGAGCACUGCACAUCAACAUCUUUUAAACCCAAAAUCUUAAAAGCGCAAAAUUCCAGCUCUGAUACCUUGUUUCUGGAUGUACUUCCACCUUCGGGUAGUGUGAACAGAGCUUCAUACCCUAGAGAAAACUUCUAGGACGUGCAUGAAUCAUGCAGUUGGGACAUCAAACCUCACAAGCUGGAAUGUUGAUUGUCUGCUGGUCAGAUCCACUUCAAAGAAAUAUGUCUCGUGUAAUGUGUACGCUAGAACUGGUCCUUUUCUCUUCUCUUGGGCCCCCUCAUUUCCUGUUCAAAGCUCAAAUGAAGACUUUGAGAUAUAUCUUGGAAGACGAGACGAAGAACUAGGGCUGUAAUGUAGGGAGCUGCAUCUAUUCACCGGGUUGAAUUACCGCUCUCCGUCGUUUUUCUCCUCUUCUGGUUGAAAUCUGAUUCACAUGUACCUUAAUUUCCUUAUAUUCCGACAGGGAAUCCAGAUUCAUUCUUUGCUA